AGUGAGGACCUCAGCGGUGAGGGGCUGGCUUGAACAGACGUGAUACGACAGCCGGAGCAAGGGGUGUGAGACGGGAGCCUCCUUUACAGACGUGCCUUUACCUCCAACCCGGGCUAGGACCUCCCUCUCUAGAAUUCUGUGGGCCAGGAAGGAGAGGUGUGCCCCAGAUGCAUGGACAUGGAGGCUAUGAUUCUGAUUUUAGUGAUGAUGAACAAGUUGGAGAAUCUAACAAAAGGAAAAAAAGGACAAUUGAAGAUGAUUUACUGCUCAAAAAGCCAUUUCAGAAAGAAAAACAUGGAAAGGUGGCCCAUAAACAAGUUGCAGCAGAAUUGCUGGAUAGGGAAGAAGCAAGAAAUAGAAGGUUUCAUCUCAUAGCUAUGGAUGCUUAUCAAAGGCAUACAAAGUUUGUAAAUGACUAUAUUUUAUACUAUGGUGGCAAAAAAGAAGACUUCAGGCGAUUGGGGGAAAAUGACAAGACAGAUAUGGAUGUUAUACGAGAAAAUCAUAGAUUCCUGUGGAAUGAGGAGGAUGAAAUGGACAUGAAUUGGGAGAAGAGACUUGCAAAGAAAUACUAUGAUAAAUUAUUCAAGGAAUAUUGCAUAGCAGAUCUCAGUAGAUACAAAGAAAAUAAGUUUGGAUUUAGGUGGCGAGUAGAAAAAGAAGUAAUUUCAGGAAAAGGCCAAUUUUUCUGUGGAAAUAAGUGCUGUGAUAAAAAAGAAGAUUUGAAGAGUUGGGAAGUUAAUUUUGGUUAUAUUGAGCAUGGUGAAAAGAGAAAUGCACUUGUUAAAUUAAGAUUAUGCAAAGAAUGUUCCUUUAAAUUAAAUUUUCAUCACAGGAGAAAAGAAGUCAAGUCAAAAAAAAGAAAGGACAAAACCAAAAAAGAUGAAGAGUCAUCACAUAAAAAAUCCAGAUUAUCUUCUGCAGAAGAGACCUCUAAGAAAAAGGAUAAAGGGCAUUCAUCCUCAAAGAAAUCAGAAAGUUGUGUAAACAGAAAUUCUGAUGAAGAAGGUACUUCAGAUUCUGAACUUUGGAAGGGCCCCCUACCAGAGACAGAUGAAAAAUCACAAGAAGAAGAAUUUGAUGACUAUUUUCAAGAUUUAUUUCUGUGAGAUGGAAGAGAGAAGCCCACAUUCCUUAAUGUGAAAGUACACUUUGACACUUCGUUUUUUUUUUUGAAACUCUUCACAAAAAAUUUAUCUACAAGUUGCAGCUUGAGUGGUUUGUCUUCGGAAAUAAAAAUCCAACUACUUUCAAGA